AUGGUCAAGGAUACCGAGUACUACGAUGUGUUGGGGAUCACCCCCGCGGCAACAGCCAUGGAAAUCAAGAAAGCGUAUCGUAAGCGGGCGAUGCAAACUCACCCCGAUAAACACCCAAAUGAUCCCGAAGCAGAGGCUAAAUUCCAAGCGGUAGGCGAAGCGUAUCAGGUUCUGAGUGAUCCUGAUUUGAGAUCCCGGUACGAUCAGUUUGGUAAGGAAAAUGCGAUCCCAACACAGGGUUUCGAAGAUGCUGAAGAGUACUUCUCAGCGAUCUUCGGUGGUGACGGAUUUAAGGAUUGGAUUGGUGAGCUCUCAUUGUUUAAAGGUCUCAAUGAGGCGUCAGAGACGUUGGAGAAAGGCGAGUCACCACCGGCAGAGCCCGGUUCAGGCGGAGAAGUUAAGAGCAGCGGCAGCGCAGGCACUAGUGAAAUUUCCAAAGCAGAUGAGAAGCAGAAGAAGCUAUCUAAGGAGCAGAGGGAGAAGCUUGUGGAAAUAGAGAAGAAGCGUCGUGAAGAGAUAGCCAAGCAAGUCGAGGAAUUGGCCAGGAAGCUGAAUGACAGGUUGGACUCAUAUAUCUUGGCAGUUAAGGAUGGCCGCAUGGAUGAAUUUGCAGCAAAACUCGAUCAGGAAGUUGAGAACUUGAAACUGGAGAGUUUUGGUCUUGAACUGCUGUACAUUCUCUCCAAAUGCUACAGAAAUAAGGCAAACAAUUUUAUCAUGUCGAAGAAGACUCACGGGUUCUCCAAGCUUUUCACAGGUGUUCGUGACAACGCAAGAAGUGUGAAAUCGGCUUACAACCUGCUGUCUACAGGACUAGAAGCACAGAAGGCAUUGGAGCAAAUGAACGAAGUUAAUCCCGACGAGCUCGAAGACUACGAGAGAGCUAAGUAUGAGUCGAUGAUGGCAGGAAAAGCUUUGGGCGUCAUGUGGGCUAUGUCGAAAUACGAGUUGGAAAAGAAACUCAAAGAAGUUUGCAACAAGAUCUUGAACGACCCUAGCGUACCUACCAAGAUGCGGCUUGUCAAGGCAAAGGGUCUGCUCUACAUGGCUGAUAAAUUCGCCAAGGCAAAGAGGACUCCAGAGGAGGAUGAGGAGGCCAGAGUGUUUGAAGAAUUGAUUCUCGGUGACAAACAGAAGCAGAAGGAAAAAAAGAGGAAAAGAAUAUGA